AACUCAGCAGAAUACGACAAAGAGACCAUGGCUGACAAGCUAAAGGAUACAGGGACUCUUGGCUUCUUGGAGGCAGCUGUGAAAAUCAGUCACACAUCACCAGAUAUUCCAGCAGAGGUCCAGAUGUCCAUGAAGGACCACCUCAUGAGACGCACACGGAUGCAGAGGCAGACGACAGAGCCUGCAUCUUCCACCAGGCACAUUUCUUUCAAGAGGCACUUGCCCAGGCAGAUGCAUGUUUCCAGUGUGGACUACGGUACAGAACUGCCACUUGCGGCAGAGCAGCCAACGUGCAUUGGCCGGAUCAAGCCAGAGUUGUACAAGCAGAAAUCUGUGGACUCUGAAGACCCUAAGAAAGAGGCAGAAAAAACCUGUGGGAAAAUAAAUUUUUCUUUGAAAUAUGACUAUGAGAAUGAAACCCUGAUUGUGCAGAUUCUCAAGGCUUUUGACUUGCCUGCCAAGGACCUCUGUGGCAGUUCCGAUCCCUAUGUCAAGAUCUACCUCUUGCCUGACAGGAAGCGCAAGUUCCAGACACGCGUGCACAGGAAAACUCUCAACCCCACCUUUGAUGAGUGCUUUCAGUUCCCUGUGUCCUAUGAGGAGCUGACCAACAGGAAGCUCCAUCUUAGCGUCUUUGACUUUGACAGGUUUUCCCGGCAUGACAUGAUUGGGGAGGUGAUCUUAGAGAACCUCUUUGAGGCUUCAGAUCUUUCUCGGGAGACCUCCAUCUGGAAGGAUAUUCAGUAUGCCACAACUGAAAGUGUGGACCUGGGGGAGAUCAUGUUUUCCCUUUGUUAUCUGCCAACUGCAGGUCGCCUCACUUUAACAGUCAUUAAAUGCAGGAAUCUCAAAGCAAUGGACAUAACUGGCUACUCAGAUCCUUACGUCAAGGUGUCUUUGCUCUGUGAUGGAAGGAGGCUGAAAAAGAAGAAAACCACCAUAAAGAGAAACACGCUUAAUCCUACCUACAAUGAGGCAAUAAUCUUUGAUAUCCCUCCAGAGAACAUGGACCAAGUCAGCCUGCUUAUCUCUGUUAUGGAUUAUGACCGAGUUGGCCACAACGAGAUUAUUGGGGUUUGCCGUGUAGCAAAUAAUGCCGAGGGCCUAGGCCGAGACCACUGGAAUGAAAUGCUGGCUUACCCACGCAAACCAAUUGCACAUUGGCACCCGCUAGUGGAGGUGAAGAAAUCUUUCAAGGAGCAAAAUCCAGCACCUGGAUUGAGUGUCCCCAAGGCAAUGAUCCCUGUAGCAGAGUCAUCCCACUCCCUUUCUCCUGUGAUGCUGUCUCACUCCAAAUAUUUCAAGUGGCAUGGCCGAGCAGCCAGCUUUGACAGCCAAGGGUCCUGUCCCUCUCCCAAACCACCUUCAACACCAUGAUACGUCAAGUGGUGAAUCCAAUGGGACUCAGCCAAGUUCUUUUUUUAUUCAUUUUGGUUUGAUUUUUUUGCUACUUGUCCGGAAUUCUAAAGCAACAUAUUGCUGAAUGGAAGAAGAACUGGACAUCGGACACCAAGAGCACUUGUUCCUACAACAACUAA